UGCUUGUUUGCUUGUUGCAGUGGACAUUUUCUACUUUAAGCUGUUUUAAGAUUAAGCCAGCGAUAUUGACUGAAGACGAGCUCCAGACCAGAAUGUUCGAUAUCCGUUGUGGUGCUCUGGAUUUUGAAGCUGUUGCCUGGUGAAAUUUACCAACGUUUCGGAGGUCCUUGCUGCUGCCAUCAUCAGGGCGAUGAUUAAACCUAUCGUGGAGUGCGUUUCCGACCUUCACCCUACUCGCCACUGGUCCAGCGCAUUCUCAACUUAAAAAAUACAUUAUAAUAAAACCCAGAGAAAUUGCAAUCAGUAUUCACAGGCAAUAGUUUUUUAUGAAAUUGUUAGAAUCUGUAAGUCCAGAAUGUGAUGAAUAAGAAUUCAAAUGUAGAGUCUUUUAAUGAUGAUGCUUACCAUUAAUUCUUAUUUAAAAUGCAAAUUUUGACACGCACAUAGACGUUUAUUUGAAUUGCUAUCGAAAAUUUGAAGAAAUUAUUAACAGGUCGAUUAAAAUUUUGUAGGUUUAUUUUUAAUGGAGACUCUAAUAUUAUGUUUUUAUUAAAAUCUAACAAAGGACAGGGACUAUAUCCUGAUUUCACACUUUUACUGUAUCUCCAAAAAGCAUUAAACCAUUUAUUUCUGUAAUUGUCUGGACUUCAAAUGGAUUCCAGGAACCUAAUAUUGAUGAACAUAUUCCUUGUUCCGUUUCCGAGUUCAGUGCUGCCGUCUGGUCGUUGGGGUUGGAGGGUGGACAGUCGGCCAUGCUGUUAGUUGGAAAGAUGCUGGUAGAAAAAUGGUUGUCUGGAAGUUACAAGACGCCUGUUAGAGGCACAUCACACCGGACUGCAGUUCUGUUGGCUCGGGUGUGGGCUGCGAUGGCCAUGUCGGUGCAGGAGAAUUUUCCAGGUAUCGACAACGAUCUGACAGCGGUGACCUGGGGGCAUGCAGUGAAUAGCCGUGUCCAGCUCCAGGACGCGCUGACAGAGAACCUCAUGAUGCUGGAGGCAGACGUGGUGCUCGGGACCUUGGAAGGCGGGUCGGGGGAUCAUAUCCCGGUGAUGGCACAUCCGCCGGACAACGUCUCGGACCUGAGUCUGGAAGGUUUCCUGGCCGAGGUGGUGGCCGCCAACCAGAAGGGUCACCGCUGUGGCAUCAAACUGGACUUCAAGACAGUGGAGGUCCUCGGCCCUUCACUGCAGCAACUGCAGCUGCUGGAGAACCAGAUAAACUUCCCCGUGAUGUUGAACGCUGACAUUCUUCCCGGACCAGUUGACAGCACCACGAAGCCGGUCGAUGCUGACACAUUCCUUGAUUUGUGUGUGUCUCAGUUCCCAAACAGCACGCUGUCUGUCGGCUGGACCACGAGAUACGGUGGACUCAUCUUCAACGGCUCGUACUCCGAGGACCAGGUGGGCGCAAUGGAAGAAGUCCUCAAGCGACACCGCGUUCAGCAGCCAGUCACGUUCCCCGUGCGGGCGGGAAUGGCCGCCAAUUCUGGGGCCGCCUUGGCACGCCUCAAGGACAGCGUCGCCAACAGCACCUUCACCGUCUGGAGCUCCGAGUACGACGCGGUGAACGUAAAGAAGCUUCGGGAAGUGAUCCUUUCCACCCUGGGCAGAGACCGCGUGUUCGUAGACGUCCCGAGGUCGCUGUGGGACAAGCUGGAGUUGAACCCCGCCGAUGUGCAACGGGCAGCGUCGGCAGCUCCUUUGGCCUCCAUGGCGGCUCUUACGCUUUCCAUGGUAACGGCUAUACUCCAUAAGUUCAAAUAAAGAGUACAAUGAAUUUGCCCCUGGCUCUGUUUGGCAAGCAGCCUGUAAAGCAAUAAAGCUUGUGGUGUGACAGCGCGUCUUGCCCAGGAACUUGAA